GGGCAGGUCUAGACAAAAUGGCCGACUCUAUCGCAAAUGUUUAUUAUGUUUGGUCAAUUGAGAAUUUUUUGUAACUGUUAUACUAUUCUUGUUUUCAUCGACGUUAAAGAACCAUCAUUCAUAUUUAUUGUAAAGAGUUUACCACAUUUUCACAUAAUAAUUGAUAGUGAUACCAGCCAGAGUAAGUUGUUUACUGUACCCGAGUUACUCACUCGGUCACUCGUCUCGUCUGAAUGAGAAUGGUUAACUCAAACUGUGUCAGUGUGUUUAACUUUUAAAACAAAUUUAUUUGUAAGUUGUUUUAGACGUUUGAUACAGUCAAAUUUUAAGAGCUUAUGUUCGAUGUUUAAUAUUUUCUGUUCCUACCUUAACAAUAAACAUGUCACAUGUAGAUCUAUUUUUAGACAGUAAAUUAUAGUUGUUAAUGUUGACAUUGUUGAUAAAUUAGAACUGAGUUUAGUAGGUUAUUUACUAUGUUAUGACAAGCUAUGUCAUAGCUAUAUUUACUGAAAUGUAGUAUAAAUGAUCAGUAGUAUGUGCAACAUAGCCUCAUUGGUCUAGUCAACACCCCCCUCUCCCCCUACUUAGCUUUAGUUCAAUAGACAUUACUCAUUACUGUCAAUACACUUUAUACAGUCACUCACACUAAACACAAGGCAAUAGGUGCUAUCUUUCAGUGCAUAGAAUUAGGUUAUAUGACUAACACAAGAAAUAUUUGAAACUAAAUGACUACGGCAAAAUGCAGAUCAAGAACAUUUGACUGGGUACAUGGAACAUAUAGAGAUUAGAAGGGCUCUUAAAUUUUUUAAAAUAACAAAAAAACAUGUAUGAGUCGUAUGAGUGUGUCAUUUGUCAAAUGAUUUGACUCUACUCUAGUACUAGUAGUGUUUAGUCGGUAAAGAAGGAGACUCUUUCUCCACAAUUAUAAUUAUAAUGAGGCAAGGUUCUAACUACAAAGUUAUACUUGAGUGCUCUGGUUCGGGUAGGGUCCUUUGCUGAAUCCAUGUACUGGCAUAUGAUAUAUGUUACGCACUGACUUGUAUUGGGAGAAAUUAAUCUCCUAUUUUAAUUUAAUUGGCUCGUUGUAAUCAGUGCCUAACAAAGGACGAUACCACAGAAUCAACAAUAUUAAAGAUACGACCCAAAACAGUUUCUAUUUACAAUUUAUAAGAUUUAUUAUGUCUAAAGAUAAUUACAAAAGAAAAUAAAAUAAAAUUACAAUCUUCAACUUACAGUAUGGUGGAUCUUGUACCGGUACACAGUUAAUACAAUUAGAAAUAAUGAUGCCAAUAAAUAAUGCGAAAUAAACACAUAUAAGUAGGAGCACACAAAUACACAAAGAAUAAAACACGCCUCGUAAUGUUAAGAGAAUCUAUAUGAAAAUCUCCCCUCGUCCGUGCCUGUCAAUCCCUUAUAUAGGUGUAGAGUAAGGCGCUUCCAGAAGGGCUUAUGACGUGUUGUUUACAUAUCUCGGGUUAAGGAGUACAUUCCAGAAAGUACCCCGAGUCAUUAUACCCAAUGCGUAAUUGGAAGCCGAUUGUAAACAAGAUACUUCAAAGGCCUAAGCCACACCCCUUUGUGAACACAGCGUCUCAUGCGGGGUCAAUCAGAGGGCACGCACGAGAAAUAUGAUGUAAACAAGCUCUCUAUAACACCUCCCCUCUUAAAAGAAAAAAAAUUCAUUGUUCAAAAAUGGAAUUCUUUUUCCAUUAAAAUUGAAGAAAGUACAUUUCUUACUCUCAAAAUAUAAGACAAAAAGCUUCUUAACAGCUUAUAAACAAUAACAUAAGUGAAAAUUAAUUUCUGGACAAAGUAUCUGCAAUGACAUUAUCUUUGCCUUUAAUAUGUUUGAUGUCCAAAUUAUAUUCUUGUAAAAAUAGGCUCCAUCUUAACAAUCUUUGAUUUUUGGAGACCAUCUUAUUCAAAAAUGUUAAAGGAUUGUGAUCAGUAAAAACAAGUACUGAAUGUAAAGAACAACUGACAUAAAAAUCAAAUUGUUGGAGAGCAAGAAUUAAACCUAAACAUUCCUUUUCUACAGUGGAAUAGUUUUUCUGAUGUGAGUUGAAUUUCUUUGAGAAAUAAGAGACAGGAUGAUCUACAUUGUGGUCAUCUUCUUGAAAAAGAACUGCACCAAUGCCAACAUCACUGGCAUCUACAGCUAAUUUAAACUGUUUGUUAAAGUCUGGUGCAAUGAGAACAGGAGCAUUAGCAAGUAUAUUUUUAAUGUUUUCGAAUGCUUCCUGACAAGCAUCUGACCAAUGAAAUUUUGCAUUUUUCUUUAACAUAUUACUUAAAGGAGAAGCAAUAACUGAGAAAUUUUUGCAAAAUUUUCUAUAAUAACCUGCCAUUCCCAAAAAUCUCAUUAACUGUUUUCUAGUAGUGGGUGGUGGAAGUGAUACAAUAGCAUUUAUCUUAGCUUGAACAGGCUUUACAUGACCUUGACCCACUAUGUGACCUAAAUAUUCCACAGUUGCAUGACAAAAUUCACAUUUAUUUAAAUUUACAGUUACAUUUGCCUGCAAAAAUUUUUUAAACAGAGAUCUUAAUUGGUUUACAUGAGAUGAAAAAUCUUGACUGUAAAUAAUUACAUCAUCAAUAUAGGCGCUGCAAUUUUCCUGGUCAGCAAUAAUGUUAUUUACAAGACGUUGGAAUGUAGCUGGGGCAUUUUUCAUUCCAAACGGCAUUACUUUAUAUUGAUAUAAACCAUCUGGAGUACAAAAAGCAGAGAUUUCUUUUGCUCUGUCAGAUAGAGGAACCUGCCAAUAACCUGAUAGUAAGUCUAUCUUGGUUACAUAUUUGGCAUCACCUAUUCGAUCUAUAAGAUCGUCUAUCCUUGGAAUCGGAAAGGAAUCAGUCUUUGUGAAUGCAUUCACUUUCCUGAAGUCAGUACAAAACCUGUAACUUUUGUCAGGCUUUGGGACUAAAAUACAUGGUGAACUCCAGUUACUAGAGCUUGGUUCAAUUAUAUCAUUUUCAAGCAUGUAUUUUAUUUCAGACCGGAUUAUUUCAAGUUUUUCCGGAUUGACCCUAUAGGGGUGUUGCUUGACCGGAACUGCAUUGCCAAUGUCAACAUCAUGUACAGCAAUGUUGGUUUUAUUAGGUACAUCAGGGAAGAGUAAAACAAAAUCUGCAAUAACAGACUUAACAACAUCCUUCUCUGACAAUGACAAAUGUCCUAGUUUCUUAUCUAAGUUGGCCAAUACUUCUGAAUUUUUAAGUUUAUAAUUACCAACUUUUUCUGGGACACUAUCAAAGGUUUCAGUAACAUUUUCUUUAAGUACUGAAGUUACAGUUGAGAUUGUGUUAACAUUUGUUUCUGAGGAUGGACAAUGAUCAUCACAUUUUCUAUCAAAAUAUUCUUUUAACAUGUUAAUGUGACAUAACUGUUUCUUUCUUUUACGAUCUGGUGUUAACACAAUGUAAUUUAAAUCAUUGAUUUUGGACUCAACAACAUAAGGACCAAAAUAUCUAGCUUGUAGUGCUUGCCCUGGUAUCGGCAAAAGCACAAGCACUUUGUCCCCUGAAGCAAACUGUCUGAAUUUUGACUUUUUGUCAUACCAAACUUUCAUUUUAGAUUGUGAAUCUUUUAAAUGUGUUUUAGCCAAAUUAACGGCAUUAAAAAGUUUAGUUUUACAUUUUUGGACAUAGUCAAGAAGUCCUUCCGUGGGUGUCGAUGACAUCCACAUGUCUUUUAAAAGUUUAAGGGGACCGCGAACCGUGUGGCCAAACACCAGUUCGAAGGGGCUGAAUCCAAGUGAUUCUUGAACUGCUUCUCUUGCGGCGAACAAUAGCAUGUUGAUGCCUUCAUCCCAGUCUUUCUCUUGUUCUAGGCAGUAGGUUCUGAUCAUGUUCUUCAGCGUCUGAUGGAAUCGCUCAAGUGCUCCCUGUGACUCAGGAUGAUAUGCACUCGACAAGCAGUGUUCUAUGCCCAACUGGUUCAUCACUUGUUUGAAUAUUCCAGCCUUGAAGUUGGUUCCUUGGUCAGACUGUACAGACUUCGGAAGACCAAACAAUGUAAAAAACUUCGUCAAGGCUUUGACGAUGUUCGGAGUCUUGAUAUUGCGAAGAGGAAUAGCUUCUGGGAAUCUUGUUGACGCACACAUGAUUGUCAGCAAGUAUUGGUGACCUGAUUUUGUCUUUGGCAGAGGUCCAACGCAGUCUAUAAUAACGCGACUGAAAGGUUCUUCGAAUGCUGGAAUGGGUUGAAGAGGAGCUGCUGGUAUCUUCUGAUUUGGUUUCCCUACCACCUGACAAGUAUGACAUGAUCUGCAGUAUUCAACCACAUCUUUCUUGAUUUUGGGCCAAAAGAAGUGCGACGUGAUUUUGUGAUAUGUCUUCUUUACUCCCAAAUGACCUGAAAGUGGUGAGUCAUGGGCUAAGUUCAGGACUUCGUUCCGGAAUGGGGUAGGAACUACUAUUUGAUGAACUAUCCUCCAUUCUUCAUCAGCAUUUGCGUCUGGAGGUCGCCAUUUUCUCAAAAGUAUGUCAUCUUGAAGGUAAUAACAUACAGGGAAUUGUUCAGCUUCUUCUUGGGUCAAAGCGUUCUCUCGAAGUUUGACUAUUUCUGGAUCACUCUUCUGUUCUUCAAUAAGUUGCAUUCGAGUUGGAGUCUUGUAAUCACUAGCCUCUUCAUUAAGACUUGCAAAAAAUGUUUUUCCCAGGUCAAUUUCAGGAAGAAUUUUAUGGCUUUUUUGUGAAAUCUCUUUUGUGGAGAUCUUGGAACUCAUGGCCCUUGUCACAGCACAUGCUGGAUACAAUUCUUGAUCUUCUUCCUGAUUUUCAUUUAAACAAGGUUCAUGAGUAACGAUGGGCUCGGCUAUCACCUUCCCACCAGCUAAGUCAUUGCCUAGCAGCAACGAGAUGCCGUCCAAUGGUAAUGUUGGUCGGACACCCACAACCACAGGUCCAGAGACUAAGUCUGAUUUUAGGUUGAUGAGAUGUAAAGGUACAUCUAUGCAUCCCAGCUCUACACCUCGUAACAGGAUGUUGCUCCCAGUAGCAGUAGAAUCAGACAAGGGAAGUAUACCCUCAAGUAGUAAGGACUGUGAAGCACCUGUAUCUCGUAAGAUUUUGAUUGGUUGUAGACUGGAAAAAUCACCUGGCAGUGAUACGAAUCCUUCCGAUAUGAAAGGCAUGAAGUCUUGUAUGACAUCAGUAGUUUCUGAUGUAGAAUUUUGGACCUUGGUAGGUAAACUCUUGUUGGAGUCUUGAGAACAUUCGGCUAGGGUAGAGGAAGUAAAACUCUGGGUAGAGUCGUCAAAACUUGCACACAAGUCCUCAGUAAGUCCUCAGUAAGACGCCCUCUGGAGGUAGACCUCUUCUUGGAGCAAAAGGAUCUUGGCGACAAGCUCAUAAAACUCGCAGUCGAAGCAGGAACUUGGCUGGAGUCAGUAAAACUAGCCUUAUUGUUCAUAAUGGAACUCUUUGAUGAGUCGUGACAAACCUCUUUGAAGUUUGUAUGGACAUCUGGAGAGCAAAAACUCUUGAAGUUUGAAAAUGUAUUUCCAGAUGUAUGACGAGACGUACAAGCGGAGACUUUGUGUUGUGUACCAGGAUGUGUGGUCUUCUCAGUUUUCUUCUUGAGUUUCCAGCAAUCAUCCCUCGUAUGUCCUUCUUUUUUACAGUAGGCACAUGUGUCUUUUGCACCAAUUUCUUUCGUACCGGGCUUGAAUGGUUUUUGUGGAGGUUUACUGUAAGUUGAUGUUGUUGUCCUAUUGUGCCUUUCAUUUUUGGUGUCAGAUGGAUUCUUGGAAAGUUGAUGUGAGAUAGUGAAGUCGUCGGCUAACACUGCUGCCGUAUGUGCGUCACCUUCGCCACGGUCUGCAAUAUGUAUCCGCACCUCAGUACGAACACAAUUUUUGAACUCCUCCAUCAGAAUGAGGUUCUUGAAUUUCUUGAAGUCUGUCUCGGUGUUGGUUGCGUGCAGCCACUUGUCCAGGAGCCGUUCCUUUUCCCGGAGGAACUCAACAUGAGUCUGGCCAUCACGUUUCCACAGUUCCCUAAACUUUUUCUAAGCUCUCGUUCUUUAUCUAGCUCCAGCUGUUUGAGCUCUCGUUCUUUAUCUAGCUCCAGCUGUUUGAGCUUCAGUUGGAGCUCCAUACUUGGAUCAUUCGGUUGUGUGACUGAGGCCAGUUCAUCCUCAGAUAACAUGUCUUCAUUCACUAAGUGAACGAUGAUCAUGUCUCGUAUGGUCUUUUUUACAGCCGAAUGAGCUACAUUCAUUCCUAGAGCUUUAGCAAUGGAAAAUAGCUCCUUCCUAGAACAUUUGUCUAAUGCCUCUACUGAUGGGUUUUCAACAUCAAAAUCCAUUUAGACACAGGCAAAAUAUAACAAUUUUUAUACAAAUUUAAGCUUAGUGCACACACUAAUCUAAUUGAAUUUAAAUAAAAAUUGUAACCAGCUCUGUUGUUGGUAUCGUAAAAUGGUAUCGUGUACUCAAAAUUAAUCUGAGUAUAUAAAAGUAAACAGUGGGUCAAAAUCCACAGAAAAACACUCAAUUUAUUAUUGGUGUAAUAAAAAUUAUGGAUUAAAAUUAUCCUCGGAAAAGAACACAAUUUGUUAAAAUUGGGGUCUAAUGAGAACAAAAUAUGGAUUCGGUUAUCUCGGACGAUGCCCCCAAUUUGUUACGCACUGACUUGUAUUGGGAGAAAUUAAUCUCCUAUUUUAAUUUUAAUUGGCUCGUUGUAAUCAGUGCCUAACAAAGGACGAUACCACAGAAUCAACAAUAUUAAAGAUACGACCCAAAACAGUUUCUAGUUACAAUUAAUAAGAUUUAUUAUGUCUAAAGAUAAUUACAAAAGAAAAUAAAAUAAAAUUACAAUCUUCAACUUACAGUAUGUAGAUCUCGUACCGGUACACAGUUAAUACAAUUAGAAAUAAAUAUGCCAAUAAAUAAUGCGAAAUAAACACAUAUAAGUAGGAGCACACAAAUACACAAAGAAUAAAACACGCCUCGUAAUGUUAAGAGAAUCUAUAUGAAAAUCUCCCCUCGUCCGUGCCUGUCAAUCCCUUAUAUAGGUGUAGAGUAAGGCGCUUCCAGAAGGGCUUAUGACGUGUUGUUUACAUAUCUCGGGUUAAGGAGUACAUUCCAGAAAGUACCCCGAGUCAUUAUACCCAAUGCGUAAUUGGAAGCCGAUUGUAAACAAGAUACUUCAAAGGCCUAAGCCACACCCCUUUGUGAACACAGCGUCUCAUGCGGGGUCAAUCAGAGGGCACGCACGAGAAAUAUGAUGUAAACAAGCUCUCUGUAACAUAUAUGUGCAAUGGUUGGGGAAGUGAUGCUGCUAUCCUAACGGCUCCUAUCGGAUGCCAGGGUAGCCUUGAAGCUCUCGAUGUAUGUCGAGUCCACGGCGGCAUUGUCCAGGUGGUUCCAAGUGAUUAUUGUGUAUGGGAAGAAUGAUUGUUUAUACUGGACUGUGUUACACUGAGGCACAGUGAAGCAUUUACUAUUUAGUAUUGUUCUAGAUGUAAUUGCUUAUGGGGUUGUUAGAGGUGAAGUCAGUGUUUAGUGAGCGUUUGUCUCUGAUUAAGCCACCUGGCUUCUGUGGGGUGAGAUACAUGUUUGCUGGGAUGGCCGGCACUAGCCUCAUGACCACUUUAUAUAAGAAUUUUAGGCGGAGCUUUUCUCGUCUGUCUUUGAGGGAGGGGAUGUCAAAUCUUUUUAAAAGGCCAGUGACGAAGCCAGGAGUUGUGGAUUUGUAGUCAUGUGCGAUGAAGCACACUGCGUUACGUUGGAUUUGCUCCAUCUUGUCCACGUCUUGCUUUAGGUAUGAGUCCCAGAUAAUCGCACCAUAUUCUAGUAGUGCAAGAUAGGCAUUUUCUUUGCAGGAGGUUGGGCAGUGGUGCAGAUUUCUUCGAAUGAAACCUAGUUUGGAGUUAGCUUUUUUUUUUUUUGAAAUUUUGUUAAAUGGGGGUGACCAUUUUAGGUUAUUCCAAGAGAAUUCCAAGGUAUAGAUUAUUUGAUACUUGUUAGAGAAUUGUCUUGUUCAGGGAUUACAUAUAGGUUUAUAUUUUUUUUCUUGAGAUGCUCAUUGUGUAGCAUUUGGUUUUGUUAAAUUUCAUGCCCCAUUUGUCUGCCCAAUUCAUAAGGCACUUCAAAUCAGCUUGGAGGUGGUUGUGGUCAUCGUAGCCAUUUAUUUUGUUUUUACAUCAAAAGGAUUUGAUAUAAACUUCGUUGUCAAUUAAAUACUAUUUCUUGAGGCUUAAUACAAUGUUGCUUCUCCCAUGGUCUCUGUGUUACCAACACCUUCUUCAAAGUUAAAAAAAAUUCAAAAUGUGUCAUGGCCACACCCACGUUCCUGCCACUGGCACCAGCUAGACCUCAUCAUCACUAGGAACGUGGAGCUAGACAGUGUACUUCACACCCACAGCUACCAUAGUGCUGACUGUGACACAGACCAUUUUCUCAUAGCAAGCAAGCUACGACUAAUGCCAAAAAAUUGCAUAAUGCUAAAAAGAAGUGUCGUCCACAAAGUAACAUCUACUGCUCAAACAAUCCAGAAAAAACGCAGCAAUUCACAAAAGGACACCCUUGCUAAAGGGUCACCCGAUGGCACUAUUGACUCUAAGUGGACUCAUUUACAAGAUGCUGUGUACGAUUCAGCCAUGUCUAUGGUAAAAUGGAGCAUAAAGAUAAUGACUGGUAUGAGGCGCAUUGGAAUGUGUUGGAACCCAUAACCGAGAGGAAGAGAAGAGCUCUACUUGCCUAUAGGGAUGCACCUUGUGCUCGUACACUACAGGCUCUUCAAAAUUCAAAAAAAAAUAUUCCAACAGACGGCCUGCCAACACUUACUGGCUGGACCUUUGCAACUGUAUGCAAUUGGCUUCCGACAACAGGAAAGCAAGGAGCAUGUACGAGGGCGUCAAGAGCGCUUUAGGUCCACUCAUUUCAAAAAUAGCACCACUCAAGUCCAAGACUGGUCAAAUUAUCCAGAACCCAAACAAUCAAUUCCAGCAUUAAGUAGAGCAUUAUCUUGAACUAUAUGCAACAAUGAGUGUAGUCACUGAGACUGCUCUGAAUAAACCGCCUUGACAAUAAUGGAAGAACUAGAUAAUGAGCCAACUUUACAGGAGCUCAAAAAAGCCAUUGAUUACCUUGCUGAUGGGAAGGCACCAGGGAUUGACGGCAUUCCCCAGGAAGUCCUCAAAAAUUUUAAAACAAUACUACUUCAGCCCUUAAAUGAGCUCCUCUGUCUGUGUUGGGAAACAGGUCAUAUUCCCCAGGACAUGAGAGAUGCCAAAAUUGUACAAAAAUAAAGGGGACGGAAGUGAUUGUAAUAACUACCGAGGAAUUUCUCUCCUUGGCUUAGUUGGAAAGACUUUUGCCCAUGUUGCCGUAAAAGAAUUGCAAAGUCUGGCUAACUGCAUUUACCCAGAGUCCCAGUGUGGCUUCCAGAGUGGGCGCUCAACAAUAGACAUGAUAUUCUCGUUACGCCAAAUGCAGGAGAAUUGUCUUGAACAGAAUAUGCCUCUUUAUAUUGCUUUCAUAGAUCUGACAAAGGCAUUUGACUUCGUAAGUCGGAGAGGCCUGUUCAGAAUCUUGCAAAGAAUAGGUUGUCCCCCACGACUGCUCAAACUCAUACAGUUAUUUCACAAAAACAUGCACAGCAGUCACAUUCAAUGGCGCUGUCUUUGAGGCAUUCCCAGUCAGCAGCGGAGUAAAACAGGGUUGUGUACUGGCACCAACACUCGUCUCCAUUUUCUUCUUGAUGCUCCUUCAAUUUGCCUUCAGAGAUUGUGAAGAUGAGUGUACAUCCAUACCAGAUUUGAUGGUAGGCUGUUCAAUAACGCUCUCCUUCAUACAAAGCUCAAGGUAAAAAAAGGUACUAAUUCGUGGACUGCUGUUCGCUGACGAUGCUGCCUUAAUAUCUCACCCAGAAGAAGGUCUUCAGCGACUAGUUAAUCGCCUAUCAGACGCUUGUAAAGAGUUUGGACUGUCAAUUAGUUUACAGAAAACACAUUUCAUGAUGCAAGAAGCACCGCCCCUCCAAUCAUAUCUAUUGAGGGCCAUAAUCUGUUGGUUUUUGAGAAUUUCACACACCUUGGAUCCAAUAUUUAUAGUUCGCUGUCCGUUGUUGAAGAGAUAAACAUCAGGAUCGCAAAAGCAGCAGCAACUAUGGCUAAACUGAAUAUGUGGGUGAGGAUUAAUCUCAAUCUAACUGAUAAAACAAAACUAAGUGUCUGUCAGGCAUGCGUGCUUAGUAUAUGGCAAUGAAGUGUGGACCAAAUAUACCAGUCAUGAGCGGAAACUCAACAGCUUCCAUCAAAGAUGUCUGCGUCGCAAGUUACACAUCCACUGGCAGGACAAGGUGCCUAACACAGAGGUCUUGGAACGUGCACAAAUGUUUAGCAUAUUCUUCGCUCUUAACAAGAGGCGCCUUCGCUCUUAGCAAGAGGCGCCUUCGCUGGUUAGGUCAUAUAAGGAGAAUGGAUGAAAACCGUAUUCCAAAGAUGCUGCUGUAUGGAGAGUUGGCAGAAGGGACAAGACUUAUUGGACAGCCACGCCUGAGAUUUAUAAACAUUUGCAAAAGGAGCAUGAGGGAGGCCAACAUUGAAAUCAACAAAUGGGAGAUCAUUGUCGUGCAAUAUUCUAGUAGGCGAACAGCAGUGUUUGAAGGAGUGAAAAAGGCUAUGCAAAAGAGGAUAUGCAAAAUGAGGCCCUUGCAACAAAAAUAACAAUUCGGAAGGCCAAAUCUAACCAGGAAUCAAUAUUCUUCUUCGAGAAAUGCAGUCGAGAUUGUCAUUCCAAGAUUGGCCUAGUUAGCCACUCGUCGAAGUGUAGGCCUACAUAGCUACUAUAUUGUCUCGCAAAGACGGCAGGAUACCAUAUAUAGUGAUCCAAAUAAAUGGAAAUGUUUUAUGAUUUCAUUGUACAUUUUCAGCACAUGUAUAAAACAAUUUGAACACAAGACAUUUGUAAUAAAUUGUUCACAAGCAGCCAUUCAAUGAGUUCUCUUAGCCAUAUCAGGGACUUAUUAGUUCUCAUUAAGAUUUGUGACUUAAAGGAGAGCACGAUGGUAAAUUCCUACAGAUUGGGGAACAAAAGAAUUUUUAUUUCUUUCAGUCCUCGCCCUGAUGGAAAGAAUUCGUCCCAAACAGGCCGAUCUUAAGUAUCUGUGAUGAAGAGGGUGAGAUUUAUCAUCCAAAAUGUGUUUAGUUUUACAAUAACAUCUUUCUUCAAAUAGUUUCCCCCUCCUGCAAUCGACAACCAUUUCCUUUGUUUUUGAGACAUUCAACUGGAGAAAAUUUUCAUUGCACCAAUUGAUAAAGCUUGUAACUAAGUUGUGGUAUAAGCCUUCUCCUUCAGAUAUUAAGCCAAUGAUGUUGGUAUCAUUAGCAAAUUUUUAAGAUUGCUUGGCUGAGUUUACUUUCAUGAUCUUCGUCUUGCUUUUAUUUAUAUUUAGUCCGAGCUGUGCUGAAAUGGUGGCUAUGUCUUCAGUCUUUUCCUGCAUUUUUUGCUGGUUGUGGGACAGAAGUGCAUUGUCAUCUUCAAAGUCUAGAUCAUUCAGUUGUUCCCAAAGUGUCCACUGUAUAUUGUUCCUCUUUUUGAUAAUGAAAAAAUCCACAGACGAAAAGAGGAGGAUGAUACCAAUUGAGCCAGCUGAAAGAGUUAUCACGAUGAUACCUAUUAAUCCAGCUGGAAGAGUUAUGCUGAUGAUGCCAGUUGAAAGAGUUAUGCUGAUAAUAUUAAAUCUGGAAAUCUAUGUAGAUGCUGUUAAAAGCAAGACCUUUACAGAGCCUUAGAAGAUCCCAUCUUAAAGGCAGUGCUGCACUUCUUCGUUGUAAUUGCCCUAGAAUUAAAACCAUAAAACCGUUUAUAAUAGAAUCCACAACGGUUACAACUAUGUUUCAACUAUUAAUUCAAACAACAAGUUACUUUUGAACACUAAGCUGAAUCAAAUGUAUAAACUUGUACAUACUCUUGUGUUACGGUAUAUUUAAAAAAAACUGCCAUAUAUUUACAAGGAUAAGCUAGUUAAUUUUUAAUUUGGUGUAGUCUUUUUUUAAAUAAACUUUAAUUACUAUACUCUAUUUCAGGGACCAUAUCUGCUAAGCUUGUAGGUCAUUGACGCGUACAAAAUGUAUGACACUCCAAUGAGCCUGCAGAGCUGCUGCGUUGACUUCAUAUGUGAAAACUUGACAGCUCUUUGUGAAGUGCAGCCUGCUGCCACGGUUGAUCCCAAGCAGACCAAAAUGGUUUUCAAGGAUCCAGAAACAUGUUUUCACGCAAACCUCUCCGACCAGCUUCUAUCUACAUUGAGUGAAAAGGGCAAGUUGAACGAUGAGUCCUUAUCACUCUUUGACCCAAGCGUCACUGCUUUACGCCAUGUCAGCAUUCACAAUGCCACCGUCACCGGUCGGGGUCUCAGGAUUCUGAAAGGCCACAGAGUGUCCCAACUGGAAGUCACGGGCAUCAAGGACGUAACGGUCAACGAUAUUAUCGGCUGUCUCGGAGAGUGGACGCUGUCCAAUCUGAGAAUCCUGAAUGUGAGCAGAAACACUUUCUUGAAUAACUCCAAGUUCUGUGUUGUCGUGUCCCUCUCAAAACUCAGAAAUCUCCACACACUGAAUGUCAGCUUCACAGAGUUCAAUCGCCAUGGUCUGGAAAUCAUUGCAGAAGAUCUUCCUUGUCUUGAGGUGCUGGACAUCUCCAGCACUGAAAUCAACGACAUCUCUCCCCUUAAGAAAUGUAAAAAUCGUUUGAGGUCGUUAAGUAUGUACAAUUUGCAGCUGCAUAAAAACUCAGACCCCAUCGGAGUAGUGAAUGAACUCAUACAUCUUGUUCAUCUGGAUGUUUCCAAUGAUGCCACUCGUGAAUCUAUUAUAACAUCUGUGGCCACCGAACGCUUUCAGGUUCCAGAGUAUCUGUCCAGAUAUGAGACUAAUCCAAAUUUGAUGUCUGUAGAUGUUUCUGGGGCUGCUGAUGUUGCACCAUGUAUUGUUGAGUAAGUAAUUUAAUUAAUUUGUUUUCAUGUCUUUACUAUGAUUCUUUUAAUCAGCCUUCAUUAAACUUUUUAAAAAUGUAUGACGCCUCAUCCCCAAAAAUUAUCUUUUAACAAUCUGCAUAAUGAGAAUUAAAUUUUAUUUGAACAUAAUGAAUUAUAACAAGUAAAUGCCAUAAGAUACACUCCAUUUUUCUGUUUAACAAACCCUGGGUUAUGAAAUGUCUUACCCAUGGCUUGAGAGGUGUAGUAAUAUUUGUCAAUUGAAACUUGCUGAGUUGCCUUUAGACUAAACAAACAUUUUUCUAUUCAACCUAAAGACACAUUGUACAAAUUAUUUUAUAUUAUUGUUUGUUUGAAGAGAAAAAAAGAAAUCAAAUGGACAGUUUGAAUCAUUUGCAGGUCCUCCCUAUAAACAUCAAUUAUUUCAAUAGUAUUUCAAUGCUUAUUAGGUUUGCACAUCAAUGCUUGUUAGGUUUGCACAAAAUCUGAGAUUUUGUUUAUCUUCAUAAACAUUGCGGACUUAUUUUUUAAUAUUUAAAACUGCUUCAAAAAGCCUUUAUAAGUUGUUGGUUUUGAUGUGUUGCUUUUUUUUCCAAAUGGAUUCUUGAUUUGUGUCAUCGAUUUCGUAUAUGAAAGGCCACCAUUUUAUAUGGCUUCUUUUUUUCUUUUUUUAGUUAGUUUUCCUCUGUUGUUCUGUUUUAGGGGUUGUUUUAUCAAAAAGAUUUGUGGUAUUUGAUUUUUAAUUAUCUUUAAAAACCACAGAUCAUUCUUAGAAAGACACCAGAAGUUAAAUUUCUUGGGCUUGGCGUUGACAUCAAUAUCUGAAUAUGACAUGUUUCAGCCAGAGAGCAGUUGGUAUCGGUCGCAUUCAGAUUUAAAGGUGAGUGUGUAGAGGUAAUGUUCAACUGCAUAUUUUUUUCCUCAAAGUGCUGUUUAUUUUUCAUUCACUGAUUUUGUUCACAGCUUGUACUGCAUGUUUAAAUAUGUUUUAGUAAGUAGGGGUGUGCCGGACCCCGGUCCGGAAUCCGGUUCCGCCGGAUUUUGCACUAUCCGGUGAAAUCCGGUUCCGCCGGAUUUACAUGUAUCCGGAACAACCGGAUUCCGGAAUCCAGAAUAUACCGGAUUUCGGAAUUUGCCAGAUUUUGUGACUCACCGGAUCAUAAUCUGAAAUAAAAGUAAUUCUCUUUCCCGAAUUUCACACGAUCACGAUACAUUAAUCGAUUGUUUCGAGCGUUGAGCUUGUUUAAUGUUUAAUAUUCCGUACAUACCAGAGGCUAGAGUCAGCACCACUAAUAGUGGCCAAUAGUGUAGGGACUUUGAUAAGAAAAUGUAAACUUUUUGUAAAAAUAAACCAAUGGCAUAGUUGAAAAGAUGUAAUUUUUUUAAGAAUUAUAACACCAAAAUCAUAUUUUUAGCUGUUGUAGUUUUAAAGUUAUGAAUUUUUAAAGUACGACUUGGUUUGUCAUUUUUUAACAUGGACUGCAUCUCCACAUUCUGUGAUCUCAUUCCACCAAUCCCGUCAUGCGCAAUGACUAUAUAGUUUAUAUAAGGCAACGCAUUCCCUGCCUUAUCACUAAAAUACUGUUUAGACUUAGUUUAAACUUUCAACUUUGGCACAUGAAUAAUUAAUUAAAGCUUUCCCUGACCAAUGGUUUAAUAGUUUUUGCACACGGCAAACUCUUAUGAAUGAAACUCUGAGGUAGUACUACGAUACAGUUAUGCAAGUGGCUGUGAAUGGUUGCCAAUGACAACGUGUUGCACACGGUAAAUUCUGAUCAUUUAUAAUAUGGAUUCUACCGGGUUGUUAAAGCUCAAAUUAAAACAUUCCAGUUUAAAUGUCUUUAAAUGCAUUCUGAAACACAAGUUAUCAAUUAUUUUGAUGUAAAUAGUGAUAAUAAAUUAAUAUUUCCUAAGUAUCGUCAACUUCCGCCAUUAAAAAGGGGGGCGUGGCCAACCCCAUGGCGAAAUUAGGUUGAGCGAGCUGCAUGACCUGCUGCGAACGCGUAGAAACAUGGCGUCUCUCGUAAGACACUUAUCCAAAUGGAACGGAACUCAAAUAUAUAUCGAAAGUACUAAUUUAAUAAUAAAUAGACACACACAUCGGAAAAUUAAAAACUCGGAUUUUUUGGCGCCGAUUGCGAAUUCCCAUACACAAAAAGUAGUAGUCCACCUUGACUUACCGAAGUAUCUACCAAUAGUACCAAAAUCCGGAAUCCGGGAGAAACCGGUAUCCGGAUCCGGCGGAUUUCGCAUAAGAAAAUCCGGAUCCGGUUGGAAAAAACGGAUCCGGCACACCCCUAUUAGUAAGGGUAAAAAACAAGCUACAUUUUUUUGGCAUUCAAAUUCAGAUCUCAGGAGAAGCUACAGAAGCUCAAAUAAUGGAAUCCCUGCGUCGAUACCUUCCUCGCAGUGCAUAUAUGCAGAAAGCGUUAUUUAAAUUAUUUAACCUGUCACAGGGUACUGAGGAACCACGAGAGGAUAUAAUAAAGGUAAGGACAUACAGUUUUUCUUUGUAAGCAUAUAUAAUUGCAUGAAUUGCAGAUCAGAAAGCCUCACGGGGUUAGACAAAUGUUUGCGGAGAAAUCUAGUUUUAUUUUUCAUGGCCAUUUAAGUAUUAAUGGAUUGUAGUGUCUCAUAAAAAUUGUACACAGUAUAACAUUGCUUGUUAUGAUGGGAUCAUUCGGAACAUUACAUCAAAAUGUUAAGACUAAGCAAAAUAAGCUUCUUUACUUAAUUUACGUAUAAAUACAAUGUCAUACUCUAUUCUGGUAACUUAAAAUAAAGUAAUUUAAGAUUAAACCAGGCAGGUGCUGAAGUUUCAGCCUAUGCAAAAUGAUUUUAACAUUUUUUCUUUUGCUAGUUGGUCUUGCCUGCAAUGAAAAGCCAUCCAAAGAUAUUGUCUGUACAAAUGGCGGCCACAGCCUGUCUCUAUAAUUUAACAAGAGGAGAUGUAGGCUUAAAGAUACAUCCUGUCAUGCUAUCCAAAUGUGUGGACUUGACUUUGACCGCCAUGGAAAAUUUCCCUAAUCAUCAACAGGUGUGACUUUGAGUUUAAUAACUUCAAACCUGGGUAGCUUUUUUUGUUGUGUUUCAGCUUUACAAAAAGAUUUAGUAAGAAUGACUUAGUACUAUUCAUUAUAUUAUCAUUUUCGUUGUUAAGAAGACUAUGGGAUGUUAUUGUGAAUAAUCUUUUGAAAGUGUUAAAUUUGUUGAUCUAACAUUAAACACCGUAUUAAAAUUUGAGUUUUAAGUACAAUUCAUGUAUUUGCCUUUCAUUAAACUUAUCAGCAAUUUAUUUUAAUUUCUUUUUGAUCAGCUUCAAAAGAAUGCCCUCCUUACUAUCUGCAGUGAUCGCAUAUUGCAGGAAGUGGUAGGUAUUCCUUACAUUUUUUCUCUUGCCCAACUCUGUUUUAUGAUGAGUUACUUAUAAAACCUUCUGCUUUAAAACAAAAUGAAUGUAAUGUGGGCAUUUCUGUUCAAACUACACUUUUCCGACAAGAUGCCACACCACAUAUAUGUACCCACUAGAGAGCUCCGCUCAUCCGAUAGUGGCAAACUCUCGACACCACGUGUUUGCCUUGAGACUUACGGAAAGCGCACUUUCGCAUUUGCUGGUCCAACAAUUUGGAACGCCCUUCCUGUCGAUCUUAGAAACAACCAGACACUGGAGUCCUUUAAAACCGAUCUAAAGACACAUCUAUUUCGCAAAUACCUUCUGGGAUGAUUGUCUACCUUAUUUUCCAGUUAAUGCAUAAUGGCUGUGUUGCUCCGGGUUGAAAUGGCUAGAAAGACUUUGAGAUUGUAUGCUUGUAAUUAGUUUUUGUAGUGUUGCAUUUGUUUUAAAUGUGGUAAAUUAUAGAUAUGUUUCUUGUUGACUUUGUACCAUGCUUCGAGCCUUUGGGGAUGAAGCGUGUUUUUUAAAUGAACUUUAUUAUUAUUAUUAUUAUAUAUACAUAUACAUAUUUUAGGGUAUGUGAUAUGGCCCAGAUGGGCUCAUCUGCCCAAAAAAAAUGUUUGAAAUCAUUUUAUGUUAGGAUGCACAUCCUUUUUCUGAAAAUAUUGCAAAACUUUAUUAAUAUCUCAUAAAAUAUUUUAACUGUGUCUACAGUAUGUUGCAUUCAAUUGAACCUAGAUCAGUCCUAUGCAAUACAUAAUUAAAAGUAUAAACCACUUACUGUUUUUUUGUCUAUUGCUAUGUAUUUCAGAACUUUGAUAGGUUCAGAUGUUCUCGUUUAGUGAUGGAAUGUAUGUGUCAGUUUGAUGAUGCCUCUAUGAACCGUAUGUCUGUGGCUAUAUGUUCCAUACUUGCUGCAAAGGUUUGUUGUUUUUUUACCAUAUUUAUUUAUUAACUUUAAAACAUAUACAUUAGUUUAACAUUAUGCCCUUUACAAAUUUAAUGUGCAUUUGUCAAUGGAAUAUUUUAUUUGUUAAAAAUAAUGUAAAAAUCCUCAAUUGUUUGAACAUCUGUAAUAAAAAAUGCUAAACACAUGUUUUAGUUUCCACAUUUGCGUCCACUGUGGUACAUUUUUGAAAAAUUGUUUUCUUAAAUGUACUAUGUUACAUUUUGAAGAACUGUUUUCUUAAAUGUACAUUUUAAAUAUUGUUCUUAAAUUUACAGACUUGCCAACCCUUUUGAUUUUGUCUGAAUUAUACAGAUUUUUUACCCCUCAUUUCUGACUUUCCGACAAAACCCUUGGAAUUCCGAUUUUUUUUUAACUUUAUCAUUUUUCACUCAUUAUAAAAUUCCGAAAGCGACAAAAAAGAAAAAAGCAGGUACGACAGAAAGUGUUGAAUUUAUUUAUACGAAGUGCAUACUUGUCCGGCGUCUGGACGAAUAAGUGAAUUAUUCUCGAGGUAUUCGUCCGGCUAUUAUAUAUUCGACCAAGUCACAUGACCACCGUAACAAAGUUGCACAAGUUAUUUGUCCGUCAGCUUGUCAUGUGACGGCUAAUUGUCGAUCAGCGUUUAAGGUACUUCAUUUCAACAAAUUUAAGAUAGUCUGGAUUUUUACACGAAAAAGAAAUAUGUUCAAUUAUACACAAGAAAUACUAGACCCAUUGCUUGUAUAUAUAAUGAACAAUUAGUUAAAAAGUGACAAUGGUUUUUAUAAAGCAUGACAUGCCUGCCGGAUGAAUAUCUCCAGCACUAUUUGUCGAAUCGCCUGACAUGUAGACACUGCCUUGUUUUUAUUGAAGUGAACCGCGAUCUUCAAAUCAUUCUUCAAUCAUCUUCAUCAUCUAUUCAUCCUUUUUACAGGGCUAAAAAAUAUUUCAGCCUUUUUUUUUUUUUUAAAGCUUUUCUUAAGUAAAUGGUUAAAUCUAUUGAAAGUGACAGGUACAAUGAUAUUAAUAAACAUAUUUUAACCCCCCUAAAAAACAUACAACUGCAGAUAAUCGUAAUCCAUGUCUAAUUUCUUUCGAUUCAGUUAGCAGAACGUUUUAUUUACCUCAUUUCUUAUUGAAGGAAAUAGUUCUCUAGCCAACUCCGAUCAUUUUGAUGCCAGAGUCAAAGAAAUGUUUUCAGACCUGCAGAGUGCUAGAAAAUUGUAAAGAAAAAUUACAAUGAAACCAGGGCAAGAAUGAAAGUUGAUACUUUUUCUAACUUGCUUUUAACUAAAAUCAAUUGUCGAUUGCAAUACUAACCUCCAGUCGUCCAAAGAGCUGUUGGACAAGUGCAAAAUGGCCACUAGGGAUAUGCUGGAAAACUGAACUCUUACUAAGAGUCUUAGCAGCCUGCGUACAUAUGUCAAUAAAAUGGAUCUUCUGUCCUGUACUGUAUAUACUUUUCCAGUAAUGUUUUUCUCAUGCUCUGAGGACUCUUCAAAGACAAUGAGUUAACUUUAUAUUUCUUUAUUUACUAUAAAAAAAGAGGGCUUGUGCAUUAGUAUAUAGAUCUUAAACCAGCCCCUUCCCCCCCACCCCCCCCCCGGGCGCACCCUCUGGGGGCCCCACUUACCCCCUGUGUGCACCCCCCUACAGAUUUUUUUUUUCUUGGCAGGUUGGCAGGUCUGAAUUUGCUAUGUUAUGUUACAUUGUGAAUAAUUCUUUUCUUAAAUAUACUAUGGUACAUUUUAAAUAAUUAUUUUCUUAAAUGUACUAUGGUACAUUUUAAAUAAUUAUUUUCUUAAAUGUACUAUGGUACAUUUUAAAUAAUUAUUUUCUUAAAUGUACUAUGGUACAUUUUAAAUAAUUAUUUUCUUAAAUGUACUAUGUUACAUUUUAAAUAAUUAUUUUAUUAAAUGUACUAUGGUACAUUUUAAAUAAUUAUUUUCUUAAAUGUACUAUGGUACAUUUUGAAUAAUUUUUUUUUUUCUGAAAUAUUCCAAUUCAGUUUCUAUUUAGCCCUUCCAUUAACUUAACAGUAUUUGAUUUAUACCUAAACAGCUCCAGCCUGCUGCAGUAGAGGGUCAUUUUCUUAUAAUUUCAAACAUUUCAUGUUUCCAGAUAUCUACUGAGCAAACAACAAUUCUUGGAGCGAAGGCGCGCUACAUGAAGAAGUUGUUGAUGUUGGUUGAAGAGAGACUAGUCAUUCGGGAGUUGGAUAUCACUCUUAGGUUUACUCUCAGUGCAUUGUGGAACCUUACUGGUGAGCUCUUGCAAACUGAUGGUUCUAAUUAUGACUGUACUGAUUAAUAAUUUACUCUGUCCACCCAGAGAAUAACAUAUUGUUAAUCUGAUCCUGACAGCAGGGCUAGGUCGGUUCUUAAUUUAUAUUCCCGAGUAAGUAACUCCGUUUUGCAAUUGAUUUACAUUUGUAAAAUAUUUUUUUAAGCUGCUAAAUAUUAAUCAAUAUUAAUGUAUUUGGGCUAAAUGCAUCCAGAUAUAAAUAAGGUUUAAUUUUUUUUAAUAUAUAACAUGAUCGCCGAACAAAUAACGAGGAGUGACCAAAAAAUUGAUUUGUGGCACCUCGGAUAAACAUGUGGUAGAUGUAUAAGCACUGCAGUAAAGCACACAUAGAUUAAAAUUGAAACAAGAUAAAAAAUUUCAAUUUUUGAAAUUGAAAUCAUGCAGAAUCACGCCAUCACCUGUAGUCCCAAGGGACACGACAUUUCAUAGCUUUUUUAAAAUGAAAUUAGAUAUGCUUCUUGCUAUGCGCAGGGGUGGCAUUUGGCCGCAUCCUUUGGAUCCACUGAAAUAAGCAAUUAGGUGACUUAACCCCACUGAGUUAUUUGCUAGAGAAUGAGUUGCACCUUGGAAGGUCCACUAUGUUGUAUAGUGAUAACAGUUUGCAUGAUAUCCCCAGAUGAGGCACCAUCCACGUGCAAUGUUUUCUUAACUGAGGGUGGUCUGGAACUUUUUAUGAAGCUUCUGCAGCUAACUGAUGGAGAGGAGACAGAGAAUCAUGUUCAAGUGGAGACAAAAAUUCUUGGUCUGCUGGUAGGUCAAGAUCUAAAAGUAUUGAUAUUAUUGCUGGGAUUUCAAUGUAUUUUCUGCACAUUUUAAAAACAGAUUUUAAUUGAAACAAAAGCAUUAAAAUACUUUAUGAAUGAUGACCAAAUAAUCAAUAUUCCCCAAAUCAAAGGCAUGAUAGAUCAAACAAAAAAGAAAUCUUGCUCAAUAAAAUAUUUUUAAAUGUGUCAGCUGCAUAAAUUAUAUGAAUUGAAAAAGGUAAAAGCAUGAAUCAACCCUAACACACCAUCAAAGUCAAAUGCUACCAAAAGUACCCAAUGAUAUGGCAUUUACAAGAUUACUUUGAUAAAAUGGCAAUAGAUUUCCAGCUCUUGAAAAGAAGACAAGAAUUUUGUUCAUUCUAAGUUUAUGUUUAUUAUUAUAAUCAUGUUAAAUUAGUAGCUAAUUUUCUCUACUUUUUUUUCUUUUAACUAAUGUUCAGUGAUCAAUGGGUGGACAUUUACAAUGGGUACCCAAGCCAAUUUUUUUUUUUUUACUAAUUUUUGCUAAUCAGGGUGCAAAUCUGAGUAUCUUUGUUCCAUAUAUAAAGCUAAACAUUAUUCUUGAAGAUAUCAUAUUAUGUAGCAUAUCAAGUGAUCCACGUAUAAUGUUGUGUCUUUAUAUAAUGUGAUCUGUCAAAUAAAAUACAAUAUUAAUUAACUAAAGAAAUAUUUGUUUUUGACCCACGAAGUUUGUAUGGUAUGUUUCUGUAAUGUGCGGGGAAUUUUUAAUGAUCUUUUAUACUCGCUGACCAUGACCUAGGAGUGACCAAGAAUAAAGAAAAUAAUGAAAAUUUUUAUUUUCAAGUACCUCAAACUACAAUUUUUUUAAAGGUAUAUUAUUAUAAUGUUUAUAUAAUAUGAUAACAUUUUUAUAUAUCUUUCAGAAAAUGUAUUAUUUGUAUAUGUUUUAGUUAUCAUUAGAUAUUUUUUUUAAUUCUUCUGGUACCUGUAAUUAUGUUCAAGUAACAAAGCACAACACAAACGAUAUAAACAUUAAUAAAUAGCAUGAAACGGAUAACAUUUAAAUAGCUGCUAUAUAAAUAUUUGAUCCAUAAAAUGAAUAUAAGAAAACAUAUAUAGAACAUUGAAUUAUUUUUUGUUGUACAAAAUCAUCUGCAACAUAGCUUUGAACGAGUUAUGUUGUUGCUGCAAUGCAUACUCCUUCUAGGGCCUAGGUCUAAAUCCUCAGAACUUUUGCUUUCUGACCCACUAGAAAAAUAAUUGGAGUUAUCAUUGUCUUCGUGUGUAAACGAAAAUCAUCUUCCGAAUCAAUUAAGUCAUUAACUAAUAAGAAUUAUCUAAAAGAUUCCUAACUGAUUUAUUUUGUAAGCCAGAUGGUAGAGCUAUAGCCUCAUCCAUUUCACGAAAAUCUACUGUCACAAAUAUGCUUGAUAAAGAUCAUUGUAAAUGAUAAUCCCAAAGUUUAAAAAAAGAACAACGGAAGCGAAAAACUGAAGUUUAUUUAUUACUAAAAGGAAGUAGUUUUAUAUGGUGUAAAAUAUUGGACUGGACCUUAUUCUUUCAACGCAAUUGUUAUCGGCCGACACAGUUUAGAAAGAGGAAAUCGGCCGAUGCAGACCACAGUUUGUGGGUUAAAGAAAUAUUUCAAAAUCCUUUAAAAUGUUAUAAUAUUUAAAAUGAAUUGCAGUCAUACCAAUACUACUUAUGCUUUUUUAACGUCAAAGGUGGAUGGGUGCUACUAACUAUAUGAGCAUAUACUAUGCAUGCUCUGUUCUCUCAAUAAAGAAAAAAAUAAUGUUAUUCAUUAAUACGAAUAUGGCAAUCUGUAAUACCAUACUACAGCUAGCAUAAUUAACUGUUGAAUAAUCUGUAUUUACAUCUAAAUUGCCAUCAAAUUCAACACUUGCAUCUAUUUUUUACAAAAUUAUUAUUGAUUGCUUAAAAUUUAAAAAUUUGAAGAAAAUCAUAAUAUAUACAGGUGUUUUUAUUUAAAAUCUGUGAUCUAUUCAUUUGUAUUGAAUGUAAACAUGUUAUAAUCACUGUGACAGCUAAAGGGUGACCAUUCAUGAAUUGUUCUUGUUGUUAUGUUAUAUUAUGUGGAGAUUAGGUGUUUUAGUAGCUUUCUUUCACUGGCUAAAACCAUGGGGUGCUGUUGAUGAAGGUUUUUUGUCUGGGUUUUGAAAGGGAAUGAAUUCCAAGCCACAAGUUUUAAAUUGAUGCAAAUUUAGACCCCGCUGCCAUCCAGCCAUCCAUUUUAAUACACAAGUUUAUUGGACAUCUUUAAAAAAAAGUAAUUUUCAAAUAAAUAUUUGGAUGUGUGUUAUUUGCAGAGGCAAAUAAUUUUAAAAAAUGGGAUAUUUGGCCAGGUCAAAUAUUCAAGGCGAGUUCCGGGUUUGUCUUACUGAUAUUAUAUUUAACCAUAUGUGUCACGGAUGUGAAUGUGAAAUGGGAUAUGUGAUAAGAGCAAAGAAGUGUAUUGGGAAAGGUAAGGGUUUAAUAUAAUAGUUACAAAUUUAAAAUUAAAUAUACUAGUAUUAAUGAGAUUACGUUUAUAAUUUAUGUUACUAGCCGAUUGAAAUUAAAAAUUUAGUGAUUAAAAGUGAUAUACUGCUUUUGAUUUAACAGAACAAUAUUGCAGAAGUUAAAAAUUUGAGGCAUAAGCUCAUGAGAGAAGAUUUCAUCAUGCUUAUCAAGUAAGUUUAUUUAUUUAUUUUAAAUGUCUUUAACAUUUGAUACAUUUUUUAACAUGGAUGAUGGUUCCUUUCCUAAAUUUACAAGAAGUACUUAAGAAAAGGUUUGGAUUUAAUUAUAUUUCCACAAUCAUUAAUUCACUAGCACUGUAAGCUUUUAAUUAUUGUUUUAUAAUCCAUUUUUAAGCCAAUAUUCUUUUAAAUCCUGGCUUAACUCAAUCGUUUACUCAGUCUUGAUAAGUCAGUAUGCUAUUAUUUUGUAAUAUUGCAUACUCAAGCAUGAAUAAAUAUACUUCCCAACUAGGCAAAUGUUACAUGGUGAACAUAUUGAUGUCAGCUACUUUGCUGCUGGAAUUUUAGCCCAUUUGUGUAGUGAUGGAGAUGAAGCCUGGAGAAGUAUUGCAGGACUUGACAGAUAUGACAUACUAGAGGACUUGGUAAGCCUACUUACUGGCAUUGGUGUAUUCAAAGAAUUCACAUUUCAAACCUUGAUGACUGUAUGUAAAUCCUAGUUGACAUUGCUGUUAUAGAAUUAUUCCCUCAAAGCUAUUGAGCAUAUUGAUGACUGUAUAUAAAUCCUAGUUGACAUUGCUGUUAUAGAAUUAUUCCCUCAAAGCUAUUGAGCAUAUUGAUGACUGUAUAUAAAUCCUAGUUGACAUUGCUGUUAUAGAAUUAUUCCCUCAAAGCUAUUGAGCAUAUUGAAGACUGUAUAUAAAUCCUAGUUGACAUUGCUGUUAUAGAAUUAUUCCCUCAAAGCUAUUGAGCAUAUUGAUGAUUGUAUAUAAAUCCUAGUUGACAUUGCUGUUAUAGAAUUAUUCCCUCAAAGCUAUUCAGCGUAUUGAUGAUUGUAUAUAAAUCCUAGUUGACAUUGCUGUUAUAGAAUUAUUCCCUCAAAGCUAUUCAGCGUAUUGAUGAUUGUAUAUAAAUCCUAGUUGACAUUGCUGUUAUAGAAUUAUUCCCUCAAAGCUAUUCAGCGUAUUGAUGAUUGUAUAUAAAUCCUAGUUGACAUUGCUGUUAUAGAAUUAUUCCCUCAAAGCUAUUCAGCGUAUUGAUGAUUGUAUAUAAAUCCUAGUAAACAUUGCUGUUAUAGAAUAAUUCCCUCUAAGCUAUUGAGCAUAUUUCUGUUUUGUUCACAGAGGACAGUAGUUUCCAACUGGGAUCAGCCUAAAGCAGAAAUGGUUGCAUAUAGGUCAGUAAUCUGAGAUUUUCCUUUCAUGCAUCCAGUGUGACAUGUAUUUGACAUAUUACAUUUUGUUUGCCCUACUAUCAUAAGAUGUACAAUAUCAAUUAAAUAAAUCACAUUUCUUUUAUAUGUAGAUUUUAAUUUCAUGGGUUUUAUGACACUGAUUAAAAUUUUAUGUCAUUAGUUGUCAUGGGUACUUUUUAAUAAUUUUACAUAUAUAAGAGCAUGUAGAAUUUUUUUUAAAUUUCAGGUAUUUCUUAUUUUAAAUUUCUUCAAUUCUUUUUCUUUAAUUGUUAAUUUUUUUUUAAAAUGUCUUUAAAAAAACUUAAUUUCCCUUUUCUGAUUUUUGUAAAGGAAAAAUAAUGACUUUUUGUUAAAGCUUUAUCUCCAAACACAUGAUAUCCUAGUUGUGGCUGUCUCCACAGAUCCUUUAGCCCAUUCUUUCCACUGCUACAGAGCCCAGACACACCAAUACAGCUGUGGGCUGUUUGGGCUAUUCAUCAUGUCUGCUCUAAAAAUGGUAAGUCAUUUGUGGAGACAAUCGAUAGACAGUAAGACCGGUGAGAAAAUUUGAAUUGAAAAUAAAGAAAACUUUGCCAUCCUUUUUACGGAGCAAUUUUUGCUUUGUGUACAUCUGUAAUACAUUUAAUAAUUAGAUGUUUCAAAUUAUUUAUAUUUAGUUUUAAUAAAAGUCCCUUUUUGUUGCAAUUGACAUAUAGGGCUACAGGCAGUAAAGGAUUUCUUUUAUAAUCCACUGCUACCUUACUGAGACUUUUAUUAUCCAUUUUAAUUCAAGGCAUUAUUUUACAUUUUAAAUGUAAUACAUAAUUGCAGCAGUUGUUUGCUUUCAUUGUAGGCAAACGCUACUUAACUCUGUUAAAUAAUGAAGGGGGCCAUGAACAUAUACACCAGCUGAUGAUGUCUGGGAACCUCGACCCCAAGGUCAUGUCCAUCUGCAAGGAAAUCAUGGAGAAACUGGAGGAGUACAAAGGGAGACCACUUAAAUAUUACCAAGAAAUGGAAUUCUAAAUAUUGUUACUUUGUUGAAGGAGUGGAGUGUGUGCAUGUUACAUAGGCCUGUGACAGAACUUUCUACUGGAGUCAAUAUGAACUAUGUCAAAUCUUAUUGCUCAGGGCAUGUCAUGUAGUUGGCUGAGUGCCCAAAGAGUUUCAAUAUGUUAACUAAGUAAAUAGACUUGUCAGUUUUGGACCUUUCAGACUUUAAUAAAAAAAAAAUGGCAUUUGAAUAAGAGAAAUAUUCUUUUUUUUUCCAUAGUCAGACAUGCCUAGAAUCUAAUUUAUGAUGUUUACAUCUUGGAAGCCAGUACUGGGAAUGUUUUUCUUUUACUCACAGCACCAAAUGAUCUUGUUUUUUUUUUGUGUUACAAUUGUUUGAUUAGAUUUAUGUUUGCCAUUUCUUUCAAUGCUAUGAUACAGCUCUAUGAAUCCUAUGAGCUUCUUGUUAAUGGCGAUUAGAAAUAUAUUCACCUUAUUUCACUGUACAGGACAUUAGUCUUGUAAGAGUAUGCCAUGUAUUGUUUUACACUGCCCUGAAAAUAGUCUGAAUUUAUUGACUUUGAUUCUCAAACAAAACUAGUUACAUCAUCACAUUGCAUGAGUGGACCUGUCAGGCUGUUUAAUUAUUUAAGAUGUUUUAAUUAAACAGAUGAAAUUUGGCUUACAUUUUUUAACAUCACAUCCUGUUUUAGUGGUCAUGAUUUCUAUAUUUGUUAUAUUAUGAAUUCAUCCAACUUUUAAACUGGAAAUUAAUCAUUUAUUUUGGAUUUGAAGUUUAAUAUGUACAAAUGAAUUCAUUUUCUAACCCUGGUAGAGUUACUUCCAGUGCUCACUGAAAAGAUUAACAUCAGGUAGCAUGCUCUGCACAUGAGUCGAAAACUCUGACAUUGCCACAGGGGAGUCAGGUGAAAGGCUUCAUUUGAUCAAAAGGCUACUCUUCCCAUGGGGGUCCUUGGCACAUACAUUUCUCCGCACGCACUGAUUACAAUGUUCAUCCCAAUGGUUGAGAUGUGUCCUAAUCAUUGUCAGGACUGUGUCCUAGUUUGUUAUGUAUUUUCUCAAGUACAAUUUGCUCUGUUUAUGGACUGUCAAUAGAUCUGGGCCUUCUUAAAGAAAAACAGCUCAACUUAAAGUCUACGGUAAUGCAACAUAAACAUGAUGUAUUGAUAUUUUGUAGGGCACUUAAAACCAAAACAAUUGUAUUCCUCAACUAAACAUUGCCACCUCCAGUCUAUUAUUAUUUUAUAUUCACAGUCUUGUUGGAUCUUUAGCCUGGCAUAUGGCAUAUUGUGAAAAAACAAAGAAUUGUAAAUGUGUAACCUGAAUAGUGUUAGUACAAAAUAUACAGUUCUCAUAAUGGCAUUUAACUUAACUACUUUGUCCACAUAAGUUUAUGAAGUCUUGCGUACAUUAAGGAUUAUUUAUUACGUAAAAGGCUACUCAUAAAUCUGAACCUCUGAAGCUUUUAACAGUAUUAAAUAUUCCAAGAUGUUUAUUUUAUUUUUAUUUUAUUCAACAAACAUUUUUUUUAAACGUGUAAAGGUUAAAAAUUCUAUGUCCCGAGCUGAAAUAGGCUCACUGUCUCCUGUGGCUAAAUUGAGCAAUAGAUACACUAAAUCUCUUGUGGCUAACAUCACUGUGAUAUGAAACGUGGUUUGUCAGAUGUCAUUUGCAAAGGAACUGUCGAAAACAGGUGCAAAAUGUUAAAAUCAACGUUUUAUUCGUUAGGCUUGGAUAAGUUCAAUAGAGUGUUUCUCCUAUACUUCUAUAACCAUUUUAAGCUCUCACUUGUCAAGAUGGGUUUUCUUUGGAAUUUUCACAGAGAAGUGAAACAUGGGCAAUAACUACACAUUUUUUUUCUACUUUAAUUUCAGUGGCUUGGUGAUCCAUACUGCUAAAAUACAAAAAUAAUUGUUAUUAUUUAAUCUGAUGAUACUUUUUAACAGAAUUAUUUCACCAGUUCACAGUCAAUAGGUACAUGAUAACUAAGAUAACUAAAGACUACCUGCAUUAUAUCUUAAGUGCUUUGAUUUUAACAUUUUCAACAACAAAAAUGUGUGUGAUUUCUUUUUUUUUUUCUUUUUUUUUAAAUCUGUGAGUUUGAAUUGUCCAUUUUGUAUUGAAAGAUAAUAAGAUGCAAAGAGUGAAUGUCUUAAAGCUCCACCUAAAGGCAAGGGGCUCAUGUUUACAGCACUGCUGUAAAAGCUUGUUUCUUGUUUCUCUCCUUUGACUUUGAUGAAGUGACUAAUUGGGCUGUGCUUAUCUCUGAUACCGCACCAUUUCAGCUGUUGGCCUCUUAUCUUUGACCGUCUUGAUCUGUGACAGGAGAAAAUACCUCAUUGUUGCCAGGCUGGUGAAAGCGGUCAACUGAUUCACCAGUCUGAUGAAAGCAGUCACCUGAUCCACCAGUCUGAUCGAAGCGAUCAAUUGAUCCACCCAUCUGGUCCAAGUGGUCAACCAAUCCACCAGUUUAGUCAAAGUGGUCAACCGAUCCACCAGUCUGGUCAAAGAGGUCACCUGAUCCACUGGCCUUGUCAAAGCGAUCAGGUGACAAAAAUGGUUCAGAUCUUGGUGUCUUGCCAAGAUCUGUUUAAGUUUAAAAGGCCCUAUGAAUUGUUUUUAUUUUUUUUCAUCAUUUGUACAAAUGCUGUUUUCAUUUGUGCACAGAUCUUUUCCUUGCCAUUUUCUACUGGAUCCAGUGAACUUUUUGGUGAGAUCUUUCCUUACUUUGAUCCAUUCAUUUGCUGAACAGAAAUAUUUGAUGUCAUUCUAACAGGGAAUAAACUCUUGUUUGCAUCCAUACUAAAUAUGUCUGCCUGUUAGAACAACUUUGUUAUUAUUUGCCUGUAUAUUUAAGAUUAAUGUCAUUUUUUCAUUGACCAUUACAUUUUAAUUGAAAGUGUUUAUUGUCCAGUAUUCUUCUAAUUGUUAUGAUCAGCAAAAUGAACUAACCUGAAAUUGGAGAGCUGUGAAUUAUCACAGUCAAUGUGGUGUGUAAAUAACGUUAAUCAUGUGCAUUAAAAUAGAUGAAAAUUUCCAUUAAAAUUUUUUUAUUAAAUAACAUGAUUAAAACAUUUGUAGGUGCCAUGCUCAAGGCAGUAUGCAGUCACCGACAUUUAAAAUAUGAUGAAAUACGGAGUGACAAAAAAGUUUUACAAGUGUUUUGUUGUUUUGAAAUUUCCCAUAACAAAAUAAAUCCUUGAUGUGUGUAGCACCACCAGAAACAAAGAUAAAUUAGCUCUUCUAAAUAAGUGUGUUAUAGUGUGUCCAAAGAUAAAUUAUGGAAAUUGAAGGGGAAAAAAUGUCACAUUUGAGAUACUAGAUUUCUAGCUUUUUCAUUGAGGCUAUAUGCUUUAAGAUAACAUUAAGUAUGCUUUGGACAUAGGAUCUACCAGUAUUUUUGAAAGGAAUGAUUAUUUUCUUUAUAGUUGCAUAUAUGCUUGACUUCACCAUCUAUUGCAAAUCUGUUAAAAUAUAUUGUUUACAGAAACGAGAUGAGUUUCUUCAUAAACUUUCAUUCAAUGGAAACUGGUAUCAGUAUCACCAAAUGUGGAAACUUUCUCUUUGUUCUAUUUUUAAAAGGUCUAUUUUUUUCCAUUCAUAUUGAUGUAGACCUUCUCCUGCACAAAUCUCUUGUCAUUGAAAAAACUAUACACACAACUGUACAUGUUUUUGUUGUAACUUCACAGGCCAGAUUGUGUUGGCUUAGUUCAUUCAGGACUAGAAAGUGAUGAGGAAAGCAAGGAGGCAGAGCCUAGAAUUAUUGUGGUGUGGCUGUACUUGAUAGGACUUGUCUUUUGGCCAGUUUCAGCUAGAUUCAUAUGGACGAGUCUCUUGGAAAUACUCUGUGAUUUUUUUUGUAUGUUCAUCCUUGUUAUGUCCAGUACCCACUUCCCCAUGACCCUCUCCCUUUCCAGACCCCCC